AUGAGUAGUGGCAGCACAAGUUUCAGCACCAUCGGAAUUGGAGGUGGUGGAGAACUCACGAGUAGAAAUACAUCACUCGUAGCCUCCACUCAUACAAACAAGAAGAAUUACGUUGACGGUAUGAAGAAUAAUGAUGAUUCCAACGAUCUUGAAAACGUUGAAUUGUUGUCCAUCACCAUUCCAUCCUCUUCAACCAAGAAUACUGUACUACUGCCUAACCACAACCACAACGUUGAUCAUCAUCAUCAGAUGCCUUCCACAAUUCCAAGUACAAGCAAAACAUUUUUUCAAACAUCAUCGGAGCCUUCAAUAUCAGGUAGUAAUAGCCUAUUCAACAGCAACAACACCAAUAAUGCCACGUCUUCAUUAUUGAAUAAUAUUCAACAAGAGGAGGAUGAGAAAUAUCAUGGUCUCAAAGAAUCAACCAAAUUAUUAUUCUUUGAUUUGACCCAUCUUCCUUCCUAUAUCCAAUUUAUAUUAACGGCUAGCUUUUUAACUUUCUGUUUCAUGGUUUCAGGUGUUACACAAGAAUCAAUAUUUACCACAUACAAGGGAUUUGAUUAUGGAUUCUUUUUGACUUUAUGUCAAUUCGCGGUUUAUGCAUUCUUUGGUGCCAUUAAUAGGAGAUUAUCACUUGCAAAUCAUCAUCAUAGCAGUGGUGGUAGUAGUAAUAGUUUCAAUCACGAAUUGAGUAGUACUACAACAAGUAGUAGAAGUAACAACCACAUGAAUGGUACUGCUACUGAAUUCAAUUCCAAUACAACACCAACAACUCAUUCCGAAGUAUUAACACCGUUAUCACCUGUGAGUGCUCACAUUAAUAAUUUGGAAGGAGAUGAUGAUUUCGAUGAAACAUAUAAGAGUGGAGGAAUGACUUCUUCUUCUUCGUCCCUCUCUCUUUUCACUUCAUCAUUGAAAUAUUCACUUCCAACCUAUCAGAAUAAUACCAUUGUUGUGAAUCAUAUUUAUCAAUCACCUCCUCCUUUGAAAUAUUAUCUCAUGCUGAGCUCUUUUCAAGUCAUUGGAAUGGGAUUAGGAAAUGAAUCGAUGGCUUACUUGAAUUAUCCCACAAAAAUUCUUUUUAAAAGUUCCAAAUUAUUGGUGGCCAUGUUUGUUGGAGUUUUAUUAUUGAAAAAGAGAUACAAAUAUUUGGAUUAUGUCGCUAGUUUAUUCUUAAUAUUUGGAUUACUCACUUUGUAUGGAGCGAAUCAAAGUGUUUCUAAUAUCAAAUUUGAGAGUAUUGGAGUGAUACUCAUUACAUGCUCUUUAUUAUUUGAUUCUAUUUCUUCCAAUUUACAAGAAAAGAUUUUAAGAGAAUUGGAACGAAGUGAAACGGAAUUAAUUUAUUUUGCGUACAUGAUUGGUACAUUCUUUUUAGUAUUCAUUUGUGCAUUUACCAAUCAAUUGAUACCACCCAUAGCUUAUUGCAUGGAACAUCCAUCUAUUUUAAUCAUGAUUUUUAUUUAUUGUUUUAUCAGCUAUUUAGGUUCAGUCUAUGUGAAUAAGAUAACCAAAAAGUAUGGAAUUCUCAUUACUCUCACCAUUACAAGCACUCGAAAAGUGUUGAGUAUUAUAUUGAGUUAUAUUAUAUUUCCUAAACCUAUUCAUUUCAAUCAUACCAUUGCUAUCAUGUUGGUGUUUACUGGAGUUUUCAUUAGAGUUUACUGUAAACAAAAGAGAGCCAUUGAUCAAUACUUGAACUCUUUCAUGAAUCGAGUGAUGCAAACGUUCAAUUUAAAAAAUAUUGGAAAGACACGCCUGUUAUUCCCUUUUCAUGCACAUAAUCAUUCCACACAAAUGGAUAAAUCUGGAACGUGUGAGGUGUGA